AUGUAUGCGUAUUCUUUUUCGAUGUGGAGAACAACAACAACAACAACAAAAAGGGUACUUGUGAAGGAGUCAUCGUCACUGCCAGCAUCAGGGACAGUGGAGGGUCGUGGCUGCAAGCAUAACUCCUCGGAGUAUCAUUUUAUAAUGGAACUUGUUGCCGAGCUUCCGGGCCGUCUCUUGACAGGCCUGGCGUUAGAUGCAAACGACGACGUAUUUGCCGUAUGCGCGUGCAGCGGAGAGCUGCUUCGUCUCAACAAGACGAACGGCACGAUGAUUCCCAUCAUGGCGACGGAGACUUCGCCACAUGCUCUCGCCAUCGAUCCCCGCAACGGUGAUGUAUACCUCACCGACCGCAGUGAGAACGCCAUCCUGAAGCUGGAGGCGGUACCAAAUGCCAAGGGGCAUGCUGAGAAGGACGAGAAGUGCGACAAUGAUCGUGGUGAGGUGGAUUACACUGUUGUGCGCUACCUGAACAGCUUUGAAAAUAGACAGUUUGUGGGACCGACAGCUCUCGCCGUCGCACCGGACGGUGAGUUGUUUUUUACCGACGCCGGGGCAGAGGGUGACUCGUCGUUUGCCGACCCGGUGGGCGCCGUCUUCCGCACGCUGCAGGGGCACAGCCAAGUUGUUCCACUCUGUCGUCGUGGUCUCAUACGCCCGACGGGAAUUGCCGUGACAAGCGACAAAAGCGUGUAUGUCUGCGAGCAGGGCACCAACCGCGUCCUUCGGUUUGUGCUUCGAGGGACGUACUACAUUGGAAGUGUCUUUGCGCAGCUGCAAGGGGGAAUGGGCCCCAGCGCCAUCGCCGUUAGAAAAAGUGACGGCUCCAUUUUUGUGAUCCAGUACGACAUGAAGGGAUCUUCAUCGUCAUCCUCACCCAAUGAAGGCGCUGGCGGCAUCAUUACGGUCAUUGGGAGGGAUGGCGAGGUGAGCGGCAUUGUGCGCACAACGUGCCCAUCUCUUUGCGCCAUCGCUCUGGACUCACGAGAGGAGACGAUCUACGCGGUGGAAGCGGACGAGGCUUCGGGGGGCUCAAGACUGCUCCGCUUUCGACUCUCCCCGGAAGCGCAGCAGGUGACGGAGUGA